AUGCUGAGCGGGGCGAAGCCAGAGGAAACUUUGGUGGAGGCCCGCAGCAAUACUAAUGUGCAAAUCGUUUAUCUAACUUGGCUGGAGCCCGUGAACGAGUUCUAUCGGGUAGGACGGUGCGGUUGCUUUGUUGAGCCGCGCCAUGGAAUCGAGAGCUCCAAGUGGGCCAUUUAUAGUUCUCUUCCAGAUCAUGCAUUUUCAAAAGUGAUUCAAGUGGCACUACCAUCGCAGAAGCUCCACUUCUACAAACCAUCUGGAGUUGCACCUAAUCUCAUUGAAGGAAACUCUUUCUAG